CCCAACAUUCAAUCCUGUUGGGGAAUCUUCAAGUUUGUCCAUCAUUUGCUAAAGUAAACUAAUCUUGAAGAAAAACAUCUAGAUCAAGUUUUCCUUACUAAAUAACUAUGAAUUUGAAGUGUUUCACGUUUGUGCUGUUGCUAUGUUCAGCAAUAGUACUGCAAACUGCCGAUGCCAGACAUGGCAAAAACGCUCGCAAUCGCUAUAAGUUGUUCGGGGGCAGGGUUAAAUCGGUGGGACGUUAUGAACAUGUUGCUGCACAGGGACGUUUUACAACUGCCAUGAUGAAUAAAUUUAAUGCAUUAAAGGGUACAACAACUACUACUACUACUGCUGCUCCAACUACAACUACAAUGACUAUGACACCACCAACAACACCACCAACUCCAACAGGUGUAACAACUCCUCCCACAGUCACAACUCCUACAACACCUACAACUAUGGUUCCACCAACACCACCAGUAACACCUCCACCUACUCCUCCAGCUACACCCCCAGCUACACCUCCAGCUACACCUCCAGCUACACCACCAGCUACACCACCAGCUACACCACCAGCAACACCUCCACCAGAACCACCAGCAGGACCUCCAGCUGAUGGUUCCGAUCCCGCUGAAGAUGAUCCAGCUGAAGAUGAUCCAGCUGAAGAUGAUACAGAUGGAGGCGAAGACACAGAAGGCGGUGGUGGCGAGGAUACAGAAGGUGGUGAGGAAACAGAAGGUGGUGAGGAAACAGAAGGUGGUGAGGAAACAGAAGGUGGUGAGAAUGAACCACGCAACUUAAUCAACAUACAUCUUGACGAUUAUGACGAUGAUGAAUAUAACGAUGAUGAGUAUGAUAAUAGAGAAGAUCGCUUACUAAUGAAUAAGAAUGCUAACUCCGAAGAUAUUGAUGACUUAACUGAACUUGGUCGUGCUGCUCGUGCCAGCCCUUCACAGUGGAGACGUCGCAUGGAACAGCGCCGUCGUCGUCAAAUGCAACAACGUCGUCGUGAAAGAAAUCGCCAACGUAGGCUUAUGAGGCAACGUCGCAACCGAUUACAACGCUCUAGAUACCAAAGCAAACGACGUGCUAUGCAACGCGCCCAAAGACGCCGCCAACAAUUACUAUAUCGCAGACGCAAAGCAGCCAAGCGCAGACGUGCCUAUUUAAAGAAAUUGCAGAAACAACAAAAACGUCGUCGUAAGAUGGCUCGUCGCCGUCGCCGCAUUAUGCGCCGUAACAACAGGAAACGUCGUGAGAAUAGACGCCGCCGUGAAAAACGUAUGCGUCGCCGCAUGCAACGUAUAAGACGUAAACGCAACCGUUUGAAUAACAGACGUCGUUUGCGCCGAUUCUACAAUCGUCCAGGCUCCAGACGCAUCAUAAGGGUUAAUGUAUAAAAUACGACAAAAACUGCUAUAAACGAAAACAAUGAAAAUAAAUGG